CAUCUUGCUUCAGAGAGGUUCUAGUUCCUUAAAUUGCAGUACUAUAGUUUCACAACAUGCUCUCAACAGGGCUGGCUAUAACUGGAAACUUAUAUCAAGUAGGAAUUCCUAAAUUCCUUCACAGAUAAGGAUCUCCUAAGAUGUGGCUACUUCCUCAUCUCAACAGUUGGAUUUGAAGACCUCUACUAUUGUCUCUAAAUAUAUGAGCCUAAGAUGGGUGAUAUGACUCUAUCAUAUUGAUCUGUAAUCAUUCCUAAGUCAGAAUCAAGACUUGCUCCGUACGGUAUUCAUUUACAGUUCCUGAUCUAGUAAACAUUAAACAGGUGGUUACCCUUUCCUGAGAAGAAAAAUAAUAUAUGUAGACAAAAAACUGAAGAUACAUGAUGGAGCACUGGAGCUCCCUGAUCAUUCUAUCCCUGGUUGGUGUAUUGUUGCAAGUAUGUGAAUUAACAUCUGUACCUGAUUCCAGGCCAAAUGUGCUAUUGAUAAUGGCUGAUGAUUUGGGGAUUGGUGACCUUGGUUGCUUUGGCAAUGUUACACUUAGGACUCCUAAUAUUGACCGCCUCUGCAAAGAAGGUGUAAAACUCACUCAGCAUAUUUCUGCAGAGGCGUUGUGUACCCCCAGCAGAUCAGCCUUUCUCACAGGCAGAUACCCAGUCCGCACAGGGAUGGUGUCUAGAGAAGUCUACCGUCGUCAUUAUGUCUUCAAUUCACUUGGUGUAAAAGGAGGUCUCCCUCUGAAUGAAACUACAUUCGCAGCCACCCUAAAAAAGCAAGGUUAUAGCACAGCACUAAUAGGUAAAUGGCAUCAAGGUUUAAACUGUAAAUACCGAAAUGAUUACUGCCAUCAUCCUAACCACUAUGGCUUUGACUAUUUCUAUGGCAUGCCACACACACUCACUGGCUCUUGUUGGCCAGAUCCUUCCCUUCCCACUGAAUUAGCCAUAGAAAGUAAACUUUGGUUCUGCAUGGAGCUAAUCAUCAUUGCUGUGCUUACGCUGACUGUGGGAAAACUAAUUAGGUUGUUCUCCAUACCCUGGUGGAUUAUUAUCGGCAUUAUCUUAUUUGGCUUCUAUAUGGCCUUUUCUUGGUUCUCCAGUCUUCAGAUAUCUAUAUAUUGGGAUUGUAUUCUCAUGAGGCAACAAGAAAUAACAGAACAGCCUAUGAAGGCAGAAAGAAGUGGCUCAAUUAUGCUGAAGGAGGCAGUUUCUUUUAUUGAAAGAAACAAAGAUAGACCUUUCCUCCUAUUUUAUUCUUUUUUACAUGUCCAUAUACCUCUUCCCACAACAAAUGAGUUUUUUGGAAGAAGCAAGCAUAGUCUUUAUGGAGACAAUGUAGAAGAGAUGGAUUUUUUUGUAGGAAAACUUCUUGAUGCUCUUGAUGCAAAAGAUUUGAAAAACAACACAAUUGUCUACUUUGCCUCAGACCAUGGAGGGCAUCUGGAGAUCAUGAAAGGAAACAUCCAUUUAGGUGGUUUCAAUGGGAUAUAUAGAGGUGGAAAAGGAAUGGCAGGAUGGGAAGGUGGAAUUCGAGUCCCAGGGAUUGUUAGAUGGCCAGGAAUAUUGCCAGCUGGAAAAGUUAUUGAGGAACCUACAAGUCUGAUGGAUAUUUUCCCAACUCUAACUGCACUAGUAGGAGCAACUUUACCUCAGGAUAGGGUGAUUGAUGGCCGGGAUCUAAUGCCUUUAUUGAAGGGAGAAGUUGAACACUCAGAGCAUGAAUUCAUGUACCACUACUGUGGUGUAUUUUUACAUGCUGUACGGUGGCAUCCAAGGAACAGUAGCACAGUUUGGAAGGUUCAUUAUAUGACUCCAGUUUUCAAUCCUGAAGGAGCAAUAGGUUGCUUUGAUAUAUUAUAUUGUCCAUGUACUGGGGAAAAUGUCAUUCAUCAUGAUCCACCUUUGUUGUUUGAGCUCUCAAGGGAUCCUUCUGAAUCUAACCCCCUUUCCCCAGCUGAUGAACCCCAAUAUAAUUCAGUAAUAAGGAUAGUCGCAAAUGCAGUGGAGCAGCAUCAAAAGACCAUCAAAAUUGUCCCAGAGCAACUUACUUUGUAUAAUGAUAAUAUAGUAGGACUGAGGCCAUGCUGUGGUGUUUUUCCAUUUUGUUUUUGUGAUAAGGAAACUGAAAAUUCAACUAUAAAAUUGUAACCAAAAUAUAAGAAGAUUUUUUUCCAUUAAAAACUGCUUAUUUCCCAAUUUUAAUGACCAAUGAUUAGACUAGUCUUUAAGUAAAGUUAUGGCCUAGUCAAUAGCUUUAAUAUUCAGGAACAUGAUACCAUCUCCAAUUUGGGUUCAGAGAACUGCUGGGUUCAAAUUUCAGGGUUUCUACUUACUACCUAUAUGGUCUCAGUCAUGGGUCUUAACCUCUCAGAGGCUCAAUUUCCAUACCUAUAAAAAUGAACAGAUUAAUUUUCUUGUUUUCUAAGAGCUGUGAUAGCUUGAGCAAAGUAAUAUGGGAAGAAGAGAAGGAUUAUAAUCAAAUAAGCAAUAACUCUUGAGUCAGAAAACUUGGAUUUAUAUACUGCCUCUGGUGCUUACUGCUUAUGUGAUAAUGAGAAAGAUAUGAAAUAUGCCUGGGUCUGAUUUCUCAUUUCUAAAAUUAGGGGAUUGGGAUGGUAUCUGAGGUUCUCUUUUUUAUUUCUCAAUCUAUGAUGAUGCUUUUGGAGAUUAAAUUCUUUCAGAUGUAUAAUGAGGAAGUUGAAAAGAUAAUUUCUUUGUGGCCCCUUCCAUUUAAUUCCAAUCCAUGAAAUAAAAAUAUAAAAUGUUUCUUCAUUUAACCUCA